CAGAUACAAACACAGUCAACAAUCAAUAGAAGAUAUGCGCGCAUUUCAAAAGUAUGCUCGCUGCUGGCUUGCUGCAACAAUUAUAUGCGCGUGUAUUGCUACGCUUGUUAGCGGUGAAGACCCAACCCUUGCCAUAAAAAAACCAACAAAAGGGCACUCGCCAGGUUAUGAUCGUUUACGUAAAGAUGUAGUACAUACAUUUGAAGUCACACAGAAUAGCGAGUACAUGCAUGAUGAAUCCCACCAUCAUCAGCACAGACGAAGUGAUGAUACUAUUGCAUGCCCCGUUUGUAAUUCACCGGUAAAUACUAAUAGCUCAUAUGUCAGUGUCAAGAAGGGACAUCAAAAGGUCUAUGUCUGCACGCUUGAACACGCGAUUACGUUUGCUGCGGCUCCGAUGACAUACUGCAACGGCACGUUGCCAGAAACAAGUUCGUCAGCGAUCACGUACGUUGAGCCAUCGGUACAGUGUAUGUUCUGUGGGAUGCAGGGCAUUGAGGAGCACACACUGUACUGUAAUGGAAAUCAAAAUCUACACGCUUGCAGUAUGAGCGAGCAUUUCACGAGGAUAUAUUCGGAGUCUGAUCUGAUGUCUUCAUUCAGUGGUAUUGUAGAAGGUAUCGAGACGCCUAUGGAAUUGUCUACAAACUCUUCCAAUGCCACAGCCGAUUCUGAUAGUAGCACACUGACUCUUGUAUCAACAGCCAGCAACUAUGAUAAAUUUUGUUAUGGUACGGGAACGGUCAUGCUGAACGGAUUCACAUUCAACAUGGACAAUUGCAUAACUUUUCUCUUCGAUGGUCUCGUACUGGAUACGGAGUUGAAGUUUACGGCCGCAACAAUUGGUUCUUUCAUCCUCGCAGUCGUCGUACAAGUGCUAAAUCGCUUACGAUCAGCAAUUGAGAAGGGACAGGCGGCCAGACAGUUCGCCGAGAACCGGGAUCCUACCUGUUCCGAAAUGGCCCUAAACAGUAGUCUCGUGCUCAUCUCAGUCACAAUCGGCUACUGGAUGAUGUUACUAACAAUGACGUACUCGUCAUGGAUUUUUAUGGCCAUUGUGCUGGGAUUAGCCUUCGGUCAUUUUCUAGCCACAUACAUGUACGUGAAGAGGCACCGCACAUUAGGGCAAUUAAUACAGCGAAACAGAAAUCGCGGGGACAAGCCGUCUGAUCAUUCAAAUUCGGAGGAUUUCACGUCCUCUAAAACCACGGAUAGACAAAUGUGUACCGAAUCUCAUGAGCUUCAAAAGCCAGCUCAUGCGGCUACGACACCGGGUUCGACGGAUAAGAAACCAGUUCCUGUGGACAGCAUUGAUGCUUUAAGUUGCGGCAGUGAACGUGAAGAUGCCAUAGUUCAAGAAGAAGCUGCAAUCCCUCCGAAGCGACUUCCCGAUACCCCAUGCUGUCCCUAUUAAGUUUUAGGCCAGAGCUACGGAUCAUUUUAAGACUAUACAGUGUCGUCAUAUUGUACCAACAUACGGACUGUACCCUGAAUGUGCGAGCAGCAGCCGCCUGCUGAUUUCAAAUGAAAUCAAGAAACACGACUAGCACAUUUCAGCAUCAGAUAGUCCCGGAUCAUCUUUCAUCAUUGUUAGCCUCAGGAGAUACUGGUGUUUAUAUCUCUUUAAUUAUUACUAUCUUACAUCUCACAUCAAGAAUUGUAUUUUUCUUGGGGAUACGCUAAAUAAUUGACAAUCGGAUGUAUUUGACUGCAUGAAGUGUACACAGCCUCUAAAGCGUCCGGGCAAGCACAUACGAGCACCAUAAGCAAUAGUCUUUGUGAGACGUCAUCACACUACAGUGUGAAAGGUCCGGUACAAGAGCACUUGUCCCAAAAACCAAAUAUAAUGGAGCAAAGUACCACUACUUUGUACUUGUAACGAAUCCUCCUCGAAAGAGAUGAUGCACAACAAUAAAUUACCAGUUGUAUACCAAUUAUCUGUGAUCGCUAGGUUUGUGCAUAUAUCAAGCGAAUUAAAGCAUUAACCCGCCUUGAGAGUGUGCAGGCAAGCUCUGUGUUCCAAAUUACUACCAGCAAUAUCGAGGGAAUAUUAGUUGCCAAUUUGGCAUGGGUACUACUGUUCAGUUAGUAUUUACAUCAGCAAUAAACUGUAGAGGUUUUUGGUUUAUAUAACCAUAGGUGAAGAAAAUUGUCUCUGUCUGAGGGUUCAAUUUUAUAAUUUGGUGGCAAGUAUCCUAUUAGCUAGGUCGAAUAUCAUAUUCUCUGUACGGGCCCUUGUAGGAAUAUGCUGUGCGGUUUUCGGGAUACAUUCGAAGCUGUGACAACCAAAAACUGCUGACAUUUGCAGUUACAACAAGCACAAAACUCUGACAUCAGCAGGUACGACAACUAGAAAACUCUAAACAUUCUAAAAUGAUAAACGAUUUCUAAUGCCCUUCUUUAUCGGUUUAUGGUCAUCCAAUAUCUAUAUAUUCGACAGUAUAUGAUAGAUAGUUGAACAGAGUGGAACUGGUUCACUGAAAUUGAGAUCGCGUGGAGAUGAAGGUGUAUAGCCCAAGUCUUUCUCGUUACAUUCACUUGCAUGUAGCUCAUACGUACCAUAAAACCGCAAAUACCGCCAACUCUCUAAGGGCUCUUGGCAAUCGAAACCGGAUGCACUACUAUACACUCUCAAGGCUUUACAGGCUUUAUCUAUCAUUUGCAGAUGCUGUACGCACACUGAGAUCCUGGUGAGCAUAAUACUUAUUUAAUUGGAAACGUUCCCCGAAUCCCCGUUGUUUUUAUUUAU